AUGGCCUCACCGCAGAACAAUGCCCCAAUUAGCACCACGAGACUAAAGCAGAUCGCGAUGGACGCUUGCCAAAGCGCCAUCGGUAGUGCGGAGUUCUACGAGCAUUCAAAAGUCGAAGGUUGGAACGCCACCAUCAUCAACUCGAUCCUCCGAGCUGUCAUAUCCGAAUCGACACCCUCCGGCUCCCAGACUCCAGCCCACAAAUACGUGGUCAACAGCACCAUCGUGCAGCACCUAGUGCCGACCUCGGCGCUUAACAAGCCCAAAGGCGGCAGCGAGGUGAAAGCCGAAAGCCCGCGUAUUAGUACGAGCGACGGCGGCAACGCGACGGCCACGGACGGGAAGCCGCACGUCGGUCGGCGCGGUAUGCACUCGGCCACCCAAGCCUUCUGGAACGAGAAGACGGAUGGCAUGUGGAGCUUCAAGUACGACGGCGGCGAGGGCAAGGGCUUGGAUGUUGUUAUUAGCGUCAUCUGGGUCGGGAUAUGA